CGUGUCUUCUUCUCCUCUACCUCCCGAAAGCUUCCCCCCAAAGCCACUGAAACUUCCCCCUUGAGAACUGGUAAAGAGCUUGAGUUUUCCCUUUCCUUUCUUGAUGGAGAACAAGAUUUAAACCCAGAAAUUUCCCCCAGCCACUCGCACGUUCUGCUCUUCUUCUUCCUCGCCCCUGCGACCCGAAAAAAAAAAAAAAAAGGAAGCCAGCUGCCGGCGACGUCUCCCCUGAGAAAACCGGCAAAGCUUGGUGAUUUUUCUCUUCCUUCUUGUUCAAGAACAAGCUUUAGGAUUUAGAACCCUCCCUCUGAAGCCAGAAAAUUCAGAUCUGUGGUUGCUUCUUCUUCCUCUGCCGCGGGUUGCUGCUGGGUGGGUUGGGAGUCCGGUUUUGGUAAGAAAUAGCUAAGAAAUCAUCUUUGUAGCCUUGAUUUGGCUUGGGUUACCCUAAUUUCUGUUUUGGUUCUUGAAUUUGUGAUAGCCCGUGUGUGCCUCCAGAUUCUUCCCGUCGACUUCCUCACCAGCCAAGCUUGGUUUCUACUGUUGGAAAAUUCUGGUAGUAAGACCCGACGCAUGGGGAGCCCGGGGGAGUGACGAGCUAGACGGCUAGGCACUUUUGGACUUAGAUUUUUGUAGUUAGGCCGUUAGUCACCCAUGCUUGGCUUAGAAAUUUUUGUGUACAGAACUUACUUUUAGUCAUGAUCGUAUAUAUGAAGUGAUAAAUUUUGUACAUCUUGACUAGUAAAUAUUUGGUAAAUAAAAAGGUUUAGAUUUGAAUUGUCUGAAUUGCUAAUUAAAAAAUAAUGGUUUUCAUUAUUUACAUGUUUAAAACUAACGAUUUUUGUUAUACAUUGACGAUUUCCGUAAAUGUGUUUACCCGCGUGCCCUGCUCUUCCUCUCCCCCGACCCUCUGCACCCGACGAGCUCCCCCCAACUACCGCCACCCAUUUUCCGGCCGACAAUUCGGCAAAGCUUGGGGAUUUCUCCCUAUUUUCUUGUCUUAGAACACCUGUUGAACCCAGAAAAUCCCAAAUCUGCGUCUUCCUCCCUCUGCUGUCCGUCGGCUUCAACUUGUGGGUUUGAAAUUUCUAGGCGUUUUUCGAUAAGAACAGCCCUGAAUCUCCCUUUUCUCUCUUGAUUUAGGCUUGGGUUUACCUUGAAUUGUGUUU